CGAGAGCACAGAAAGAAAAACCAAAGACACUUUUUGCAGGAUGUUGACAAAUGCUGUUCGGCUGACCUAUGCUCAUACUUUGUCCCUCUUCCGAUCACUUAGCAUUUUCUGUUCAGAUUCGAUCCAAAAAUGACGACGAAUAGGAGUCUGGGGGAGCCGAAGAAGCUGCAGCUCUAUUCCUAUUACAGGAGCUCUUGCUCUUUCCGUGUUCGUAUCGCUUUAAACUUGAAAGGACUGGAUUAUGAAUACAAAGCGGUUAAUCUGCUUAAAGGAGAACAGCAAAGUCCUGAGUUUUUAGUGGUCAACCCUAUUGGGUAUGUGCCUGUGUUGGUGGAUGGUGACAUAGUACUUGCUGACUCUUUUGCGAUCGUAAUGUACCUCGAGGAGAAGUAUCCUGAGCAUCCUUUGUUACCUCGCGACCUUGAGAAAAAGGCAAUUAAUUACCAGGCUGCAAAUAUCGUUUCUGCGAGCAUACAACCUCUUCAAAAUUUAGAUGUUUUGAAGUACAUCGAGGAAAAGGUUGGUCCGGAUGAAAAGCUUCCAUGGGUACAAAAGCAUAUCAGUAAAGGCUUUACAGCACUUGAGAAAUUACUAAAAGAUCAUGCGGGAAAAUACGCCACAGGAGAUGAUGUUUUCUUGGCUGAUGUAUUUCUGGCACCACAAAUCCAUGGUUCAAUACAAAGGUUUAACCUUGACAUGACAGCAUUCCCUCUUUUGGCUAGGCUGCAUGAGGCAUACCUGCAGCUACCUGCUUUCCAAGAUGCUAUGCCUGAAAACCAGCCAGACUUCCCUGCUGCUGCUGCUGCUGCUCAAUCAGGAAGUGUUUAGAUGAAUGCAAAAGACAUGCUAUGCUAUAUACAGUUACUAAAGUCUAAAAGUAUAAAUAAUUGCUCAACUGUAUUAUGAGCAGCAUUAUGAUAUCAGUGUGAUGCUAAUAAUGAAUGAAAUGAAUGUAUGGUGUUUUACUUUUGUGUUAAGUUCCCCUCUACUCAACUUCAUUUUGUAAAGUGCUAUGGGUAAACUUGGGGGAGGUUGAAUGAUAAUGCUUCCACAACAAAGAAUCACUCACUUACACCUGGUUGUUUAAACCAAAGAACAAGAGGCUCUUGUAUUGUUAUUGAGACAAAAAUUGCAACUUUUCUGUUCCCCAC